GUGGCCGCCACAUGCUGACCCAGGAACAACACAGCCCUGCAACCAGGCGGAUCCAGUCUGGGGUGCAGACACCUGUGCUCCAACCCCCGUGGCAGACUCAGACACAUACAGGUUCCUUCAGGUCCCUUUCACCCAUCAGCUAUGUCGGGGCCGAGCUCUUCCCUGACAGUGAGGUUUGUUCCAGGGCAGGAAGAACUCACCUCGUGAAACCUGGGGUGGGGAUGCCUCAACCUGGGUAUUUCCCUUCUGUGACAAAAGUGUCUUCAGCACCUGGUCAGGGCAGUGAGCACAAGGGGAGAUGGGGCCAGAGAAACAGCCAGCAGCCUUACAAGGGGGUGAGUCUGCUGCCCUGUCCUCUGGCAUCGGUCUUCCUGUCUCUGCCUGAGGUCAAAGUGCUUUCUUCCUCCAGCCCCCAACUCUCCCUACCCCUGCUGCUCCCCUGCAGCACCCAGAUAUUCACCCCUUUCAGCUUUCCUCUGACUUCAUCCUGCCAUACAUACCCCCACCCCCAUAUUCUCCUCCCGCCUCUAGCUCUGUCUCCAUCCCUAAGCCUCUCUCCUAAACCUCCUUCUCAACUUUCUGGCUUCCCUUCCCUGUCUCCCCUGAACCCCAACCUCCUCCCCAAGUCUUAUAUAUCCUGGUGCUCAGCCAAGCCCAGCCAGUACCCAAGCCUCAUCUGCCGUUUCUCUGGAAUUUGCUGAGGUGGGAGAAUGAAAAGGGGGCAGUGAUCCCAAGCUGAGAACAGGCAGUGGACUGAGCGGAACAGACGGGGAGAGGCAGUGCAGGGACAGGGCAAGUAGGAAGAGGAGGUGAGAUGAGGCUCAGGUGAGAGCCACGGGACUAGGCAGGGAUGGGUGGGGACAGGGAGUUCCAGAGAAGGACCCAUGUCCUUGGGGAGGGAUUUGGGCAUGGGAUGGAGGUUUCCUUCCCCUCCCCCUGCCCCCUGCUCUGCACUUCCAGGAAAGACUGGCAGGAAGACAAAGAGCUGGUGCUGGGCAAUAGGCAGGUGGGGCAAGAUCCAAGCUGGAGCAAAGUGGUGGGAGAGGAGGUGCCAGGGGAGGAGGAGGAGGGAGAGGGACUGGCCAUGGGGAAGGGUGUUGGUAGAGGGGAGAACCCCAUGAGAGAGCAGGAGCAACAGGUUUGGGGAAAAGGCUCCCUCCUUCUUGCUGUCGCUGCUGAGAGAGAUCGACGGUUGGGUCGCAGUUCAGUGAGCCCCUGCUGCAGGGAACAAGCAAGGGGACCUCCAGGCAGCUUGGGGCUGCCCAGGUACAGUAGCCCUGCCCUGUCUUAAGAACUCCCCUCCCAAGGUCAGGAACAGAGCAGGUGCAGAGGCACUGCAGUCGCCUGUUGCCCAGCCUCCUGAGUGAUGCCAGCCCAAUGGUUCCUAAUCUCCAGACUGGCCCUCUUGGUACUGCUGGGCACAGUCAGAGCAGGCCCUUUCUCUCCACGGUCCAAUGUGACACUCCCAGCCCCACGUCGCCCUCCCCAGCGGGGGGGCCGCACAGUGGAGCCAGUAGGGGGAAGUCCCUCUUCUCAGCUUUAUGAGCACACUGUGGAAGGAGGGGAGAAGCAGGUAGUUUUUACCCACCGCAUCAACCUGCCCCCUUCAGCUGGCUGUGGUUGUCCCCCGGGCACAGAGCCCCCCGUUCCUGCUUCAGAGGUACAGGCCUUGAAGGUCCGGUUAGAGAUCCUGGAGGAGCUGGUGAAGGGCCUCAAGGAACAGUGCACUGGGGGAUGUUGUCCUGUUGCUGCCCAGGCUGGCACAGGCCAGACGGAUGUUCGUAGCCUCUGCAGUCUCCAUGGCGUGUUUGACCUGAGCCGCUGUGCCUGCUCCUGCGAGCCAGGCUGGGGUGGGCCCACCUGCUCAGACCCCACAGGCGCUGGGGUGCCCCCAUCCUCCCCACCCUCAGCCUCCGGGACCUGCCCAGAUGACUGCAACGAUCAGGGUCGCUGUGUCCGCGGGCGCUGCGUGUGCUUCCCUGGUUACAGCGGCCCCAGCUGUGGCUGGCCCUCCUGCCCCGGGGACUGCAACGGCCGUGGGCGCUGCGUGCAGGGCGUGUGCGUGUGCCGGGCGGGCUUCUCGGGCAACGACUGCAGCCUGCGCUCCUGCCCCCGGGGCUGCAGCCAGAGGGGGCGCUGCGAGGACGGGCGCUGCGUGUGCGACCCGGGCUACGCAGGCGACGACUGCGGGGUGAGGAGCUGCCCUAGAGGUUGCAGCCAGAGGGGGAGCUGCGAGAACGGCCGCUGCGUGUGCGACCCCGGCUACGCGGGAGACGACUGCGGGGUGAGGAGCUGCCCUAGAGGUUGCAGCCAGAGGGGGCGCUGCGAGGACGGGCGCUGCGUGUGCGACCCCGGCUACGCGGGAGACGACUGCGGGGUGAGGAGCUGCCCCCGGGACUGCAGCCAGAGGGGGCGCUGCGAGGACGGGCGCUGCGUGUGCGACCCUGGCUACACGGGCGACGACUGCGGCUCGCGGAGCUGCCGGUGGGACUGUGGCGAGGGCGGGCGCUGCGUGGACGGCCGCUGCGUGUGCUGGCCCGGGUACGCGGGCGACGACUGCAGCACCCGCACGUGCCCGCGAGACUGCCGGGGCCGCGGGCGCUGCGAGGAUGGCGAAUGCAUCUGCGACGCCGGCUACAGCGGGGACGAUUGCGGAGUGCGCAGCUGCCCAGGGGACUGCAGCCAGAGGGGGCGCUGCGAGGACGGGCGCUGCGUGUGCUGGCCCGGGUACACGGGGCCCGACUGCGGCUCGCGCGCCUGCCCCCGCGACUGUCGGGGCCGCGGGCGCUGCGAGAACGGCGUGUGCGCGUGCAACGCGGGCUACAGCGGCGAGGACUGCGGCGUGCGCACCUGUCCCGGGGACUGUCGCGGCCGGGGCCGUUGCGAGAGUGGUCGCUGCGUGUGUUGGCCCGGGUACACAGGCCGGGACUGCGGCACGCGCGCCUGCCCUGGCGACUGUCGUGGGCAAGGGCGCUGCGUGGACGGCCGCUGCGUGUGCAACCCCGGCUUCGCGGGCGAGGACUGCGGGAGCCGUCGGUGCCCUGGGGACUGCCGCGGGCGCGGGCGCUGCGAGGAUGGCGUGUGCGUGUGCAACGCGGGCUACGAGGGAGAGGACUGUGGCGCGCGCAGCUGCCCGGGAGGUUGCCACGGGCGCGGCCAGUGCCGGGACGGGCGCUGCGUGUGUGACGAUGGCUACUCGGGCGAGGACUGCAGCGUAAGGCGGUGCCCGCUAGACUGCAGCCAGCACGGCGUGUGCAAGAACGGCGUGUGCACCUGUUGGGAGGGCUAUGCAGGCGAGGACUGCAGCCUCCGUACCUGCCCCUCCAACUGCCACCAGCGCGGCCGCUGUGAGGGCGGGCGCUGCGUGUGUGACUCAGGCUACACUGGCCCCUCCUGCGCCACCCGCACCUGCCCCGCUGACUGCCGGGGCCGCGGGCGCUGUGUGCAGGGCGUGUGCGUGUGCCACGUGGGCUACGGCGGCGAGGACUGUGGGCGGGAAGAGCCUCCAGCCAGCGCCUGCCCUGGGGGCUGUGGGCCCCGGGAACUGUGCCGUGCGGGCCAGUGUGUAUGCGUGGAGGGCUUUCGAGGACCCGACUGCGCCACUCAGACGUGCCCUGGGGACUGCCGUGGCAGGGGAGAGUGUCGUGAGGGCAGCUGCGUCUGUCAAGAUGGUUAUGCAGGGGAAGACUGCGGGGAAGAGGUGCCAGCCAUUGAGGGCAUGAGGAUGCACCUCUUGGAGGAGACAACGGUUCGGACAGAGUGGACCCGGGCUCCUGGCACGGUGGAUGCCUAUGAAAUUCAGUUCAUUCCCACGACAGAGGGGGUGAGCCCCCCAUUCACAGCACGGGUACCCAGCUCUGCCUCAGCCUAUGACCAGAGAGGACUGGCACCCGGGCAGGAGUACCAGGUCACGGUCCGCGCCCUUCGAGGGACUAGCUGGGGCCCUCCUGCCUCCAAGACCAUCACCACCAUGAUCGAUGGCCCACAAGACCUCCGAGUGGUGGCUGUGACACCAACCACACUGGAGCUCAGCUGGCUGCGACCCCAGGCUGAGGUGGACCGGUUCGUCGUGUCCUACGUCAGCGCUGGCAACCAGAGGGUGCGGCUGGAGGUGCCCUCUGAGGCGGACGGGACGGUGCUGACCGACCUGAUGCCAGGCGUGGAAUAUGUAGUGACCGUCACGGCAGAGCAGGGCCGGGCAGUAAGCUAUCCGGCUUCUGUCAGGGCCAACACAGGGUCCUCUCCCUCGGGCCUCUUGGGGGCCACUGAUGAGCCUCCUCCCUCAGGCCCUUCCACGACUCAAGGGGCCCGGGCCCCCGAACUGCAGCAGCGCCCCCAGGAGCUGGGAGAGUUGAGGGUGCUGGGCAGAGACAAGACAGGGAAGCUCCGCGUCGCUUGGACAGCUCAGCCUGACACGUUUGCCCACUUCCAGCUGCGCCUUCGGGUGCACGAGGGGCCGGGAGCGCACGAGGAACUCUUGCCAGGGGACGUCCGCCAGGCUCUGGUGCCCUCACCCCCUUCUGGAGCCCCCUAUGAGCUGUCACUCCGCGGGGUCCCCCCGGAGGGCGUGCCCUCUGCCCCUCUCAUCUACCAAGGCAUUAUGGACAAGGAUGGGGCAAAGCUUGGGAAGCCCUUGGCCCCGCCACGCCUGGACCAGCUGAUAGUCACUGACAUGACGUCCAACUCCCUGCUCCUGCACUGGACGGUCCCCGAGGGCGAAUUCGACUCCUUCGUGAUCCAGUACAAGGACAGGGAUGGGCCCCAGGUGGUACCUGUGGAAGGAUCCCAGCGCUCAGCCCUCAUCACCAACCUGGACCUUGGCCGCAAGUACAAAUUCCUGCUAUAUGGGCUCCUGGGCAAGAAGAGGCAUGGCCCCCUGGUGGCUGAAGCCAAGAUCCUGCCUCAGAGUGAUCCCAGCCCAGCGACUCAACCCCGUCUCGGAAAGCUGUGGGUGACAGAUCCCACCCCAGACUCACUGCACCUCUCCUGGACUGUCCCUGAGGGCCAGUUUGACUCCUUCGUAGUCCAAUAUAGGGACAGGGAUGGACAGCCCCAAGCGAUGCCCGUGGAAGGGCCCGAGCGCUCAGUCAUUGUCUCCUCACUGGAGCCUAACCACAAGUACAGAUUCACUCUGUUUGGGAUGGCCAACAAGAAGCGGCAUGGCCCCCUCACAGCCGAUGGCACCACUGCCUCGGAGCAGACAGCGGAGUCCCUCAACCCAGAGGCCCCAGUGCAGCCCCUGCUGGGGGAGCUGUGGGUGACUCAGGCAAACCCAGACUCCCUGCGCCUGUCCUGGACCGUGACCCAGGGCUCCUUCGACUCCUUCGUGGUCCAGUACAAGGAUGCGCAGGGCCAGCCCCAGGCGGUGCCCGUCGGGGGGGAUGAGAAUGAGGUCACCAUCCCGGGCCUGGAGACCCACCGGAAGUAUAAGAUGAACCUCUAUGGGCUUCAUGACAGGCAGCGCGUGGGACCUGUGUCCGUGGUGGCCACCACAGCCCCCCAGGAAGUUGUGGAGGAGACCCCCAGCCCCACAGAACCCAGCACGGAGGCCCCGGAGCCCCCCGAGGAGCCCCUCCUAGGGGAGCUGACGGUCACAGGAUCCUCCCCAGACUCGCUGAGCCUCUCCUGGACCGUCCCCCAGGGCCACUUCGACUCCUUCACUGUCCAGUACAAGGACAGGGACGGGCGGCCCCAGGUGGUGCGUGUCAGGGGUGACGAGAGUGAGGUCACCAUCGGGGGCCUGGAGCUGGGGCGCAAGUACAAGAUGCACCUGUACGGCCUGCACAGGGGACAGCGCGUGGGCCCCGUGUCCUCCGUGGGCAUGACUGCUCCGCAACCAGAAGAGACUCCAGCCAUAGAGCCGCCCCUGGAGCCACGCCUGGGAGAGCUGACAGUGACAGAUGUGACCCCCAACUCUGUGGGCCUCACAUGGACAGUCCCUGAGGGUGAAUUCGACUCCUUUGUGGUCCAGUACAAAGACAGGGACGGGCAGCCCCAGGUGGUCCCUGUGGAGGGCAGCCUCAGGGAGGUCACCAUCCCCGGCCUGGAGCCUGCAUGCAAAUACAAGAUGAACUUCUAUGGGCUACAUGAUGGGCAGCGCGUGGGCCCCCUCUCUGUGGUAACUGUGACAGCUCCCCUCCCCACAGCCCCAGCCACAGAGUCCCCUGAAGAGCCACGGCUGGGGGAGCUGACAGUGGUGGACCAGAGCCCGGACUCUGUGACCCUCUCGUGGACGGUCCCCGAGGGUGAAUUCGACUCCUUCGUGGUCCAGUACAAGGACAGGGACGGGCAGCCUCGGGUGGUGCCCGUGGCUGCAGACCAGCACGAGGUCACCGUCCCCGGCCUGGAGCCCAGCAGGAAGUACAGGUUCCUGCUCUACGGGCUUCAAGGUGGGAAGAGACGCAGCCCAGUCUCUGUGGAGGCAAAGACAGCUGCCCAAGGUGACGCCAGCCUUGGGGCCCCACCCCACCUUGGGGAGCUGUGGGUGACAGAUCCCACCCUGGACUCUCUGCGCCUCUCCUGGACAGUCCCUGAGGGCCACUUUGACUCCUUUGUGGUCCAGUUCAAGGACAAGGAUGGGCCCCGGGUGGUUCCUGUGGAGGGCCACGAGCGCUCGGUCACCAUCACCCCUCUGGACACUGGCCGCAAGUACAGAUUCCUCCUUUAUGGGCUCCUGGGCAAGAAGCGCCACGGCCCCCUCACUGCUGAAGGCACCACAGAGCCCUGGAGUGGUGUGGACGAUGCUAGAACAAAGCAUCCCCCAAAGCCCCAUCUUGGGGAGGAGCUACAGGUGACCAGCGUGACACCAGACUCUGUGAGCCUCGCGUGGACGGUCCCUGAGGGCCAGUUUGACUCCUUUGUGGUCCAGUACAAGGACAGGGCCGGGCAGCCCCAGGUGGUCCCCGUGGAGGGCGGCCUCAGGGAGGUCAGCGUCUCGGGCCUGGACCCAGCCCGCAGGUAUAAGCUGUUCCUGUACGGGCUGCACCAGGGCAAGCGCGUGGGCCCCGUCUCUACCAUCGCCUUGACUGCCCCCAGGGUACAUAUCAAAGCUGAGGCCCCAAGUACUCCAGGGCCUGAGCCUCGCCUAGGGGAGGUGACUGUGGAGGAAGCCACACCAGAUACUUUGCAUCUCUCCUGGACCAAGACUGAGGGCGAUUUUGACUCCUUCGAGGUCCACUACACAGACCGAGACGGGCAACCCCAAGUAGUCAGGAUAGAUGGUGACCGGAAUGACGUCAUCCUCUCUGGCCUGGAAUCUGAGCACAGAUACCUAGUGAACCUGUAUGGUUUCCAUGGCCAGCAGCGAGUGGGUCCAGCCCACAUCGAGGCACUGACAGUCCCAAGGGAAGAGGAAGACGGACCUUCAGAACCUCCCACCAAGCCCCGCCUGGGGGAGCUGACCGUGACCGACGCCACUCCCGACUCCCUGCACCUCUCCUGGACUGUCCCCGAGGGCCAGUUUGACCACUUCCUGGUCCAGUACAAGAACGGGGACGGGCAGCCCAAGGCCGUGCGUGUGCCGGGCUAUGAGGAUGGGGUCACCGUCUCAGGCCUGCAGCCAGACCACAAGUACAAGAUGAACCUGUACGGCUUCCACGGUGGCCAGCGCGUGGGCCCGGUGUCUGCCAUUGGGGUGACAGCUGCAGAGGAAGAGACCCCAACCCCCACUGAGGUGGAGGAGACCCCCAGCCCCACAGAACCCAGCACGGAGGCCCCGGAGCCCCCCGAGGAGCCCCUCCUGGGGGAGCUGACGGUCACAGGAUCCUCCCCAGACUCGCUGAGCCUCUCCUGGACCGUCCCCCAGGGCCACUUCGACUCCUUCACUGUCCAGUACAAGGACAGGGACGGGCGGCCCCAGGUGGUGCGUGUCAGAGGUGACGAGAAUGAGGUCACCGUCGGGGGCCUGGAGCCGGGGCGCAAAUACAAGAUGCACCUGUACGGCCUGCACAGGGGACAGCGCGUGGGCCCCGUGUCCACCGUGGGCGUGACCGCCCCAUCCAUCACAGCCCCUGAGCCUCCCACCAAGCCCCGCCUGGGGGAGCUGACCGUGACCGACGCCACUCCUGACUCCCUGCACCUCUCCUGGACUGUCCCCGAGGGCCAGUUUGACCACUUCCUGGUCCAGUACAAGAACGGGGACGGGCAGCCCAAGGCCGUGCGUGUGCCGGGCUAUGAGGAUGGGGUCACCGUCUCAGGCCUGCAGCCAGACCACAAGUACAAGAUGAACCUGUACGGCUUCCACGGUGGCCAGCGCGUGGGCCCGGUGUCUGCCAUUGGGGUGACAGCUGCAGAGGAAGAGACCCCAACCCCCACUGAGGUGGAGGAGACCCCCAGCCCCACAGAACCCAGCACGGAGGCCCCGGAGCCCCCCGAGGAGCCCCUCCUGGGGGAGCUGACGGUCACAGGAUCCUCCCCAGACUCGCUGAGCCUCUCCUGGACCGUCCCCCAGGGCCACUUCGACUCCUUCACUGUCCAGUACAAGGACAGGGACGGGCGGCCCCAGGUGGUGCGUGUCAGAGGUGACGAGAAUGAGGUCACCGUCGGGGGCCUGGAGCCGGGGCGCAAAUACAAGAUGCACCUGUACGGCCUGCACAGGGGACAGCGCAUGGGCCCCGUGUCCACCGUGGGCGUGACCGAAUAUGAAGCUAUGACCACCGAAGCCCCAUCCAUCACAGCCCCUGAGCCUCCCACCAAGCCCCGCCUGGGGGAGCUGACCGUGACCGACGCCACUCCUGACUCCCUGCACCUCUCCUGGACUGUCCCCGAGGGCCAGUUUGACCACUUCCUGGUCCAGUACAAGAACGGGGACGGGCAGCCCAAGGCCGUGCGUGUGCCGGGCUAUGAGGAUGGGGUCACCGUCUCAGGCCUGCAGCCAGACCACAAGUACAAGAUGAACCUGUACGGCUUCCACGGUGGCCAGCGCGUGGGCCCGGUGUCUGCCAUUGGGGUGACAGCUGCAGAGGAAGAGACCCCAACCCCCACUGAAGUGGAGGAGACCCCCAGCCCCACAGAACCCAGCACGGAGGCCCCGGAGCCCCCCGAGGAGCCCCUCCUGGGGGAGCUGAUGGUCACAGGAUCCUCCCCAGACUCGCUGAGCCUCUCCUGGACCGUCCCCCAGGGCCACUUCGACUCCUUCACUGUCCAGUACAAGGACAGGGACGGGCGGCCCCAGGUGGUGCGUGUCAGAGGUGACGAGAGUGAGGUCACCGUCGGGGGCCUGGAGCCGGGGCGCAAGUACAAGAUGCACCUGUACGGCCUGCACAGGGGACAGCGCGUGGGCCCCGUGUCCACCGUGGGUGUGACCGACCCCGAAGGGGAACCCCCUACCAACACCCUUCUGAAGCCACACUUGGGAGAGCUGACCGUGAUGGACGCCACCCCUGACUCCCUGCACCUCUCCUGGACUGUCCCCGAGGGCCAGUUUGACCACUUCCUGGUCCAGUACAAGAACGGGGACGGGCAGCCCAAGGCCGUGAGAGUGCCAGGGAGUGAGGACCAGGUCACCGUCUCAGGCCUGGAGCCCAGCCACAAGUACAAGAUGAACCUGUACGGCUUCCACGGUGGCCAGCGUGUGGGCCCAGUCUCUGCUGUCGGUUUAACUGCCCCAGGAAAGGACCACGAAAUGCCAGCUCCCACAGACCCACCCACCACAACUCCCCAGCCUCCCAAGCCCCGCCUGGGGGAGCUGACCGUGACCGACACCACUCCCGACUCCCUGCACCUCUCCUGGACUGUCCCCGAGGGCCAGUUUGACCACUUCCUGGUCCAGUACAAGAACGGGGACGGGCAGCCCAAGGCCGUGCGUGUGCCGGGCUAUGAGGAUGGGGUCACCGUCUCAGGCCUGCAGCCAGACCACAAGUACAAGAUGAACCUGUACGGCUUCCACGGUGGCCAGCGCGUGGGCCCGGUGUCUGCCAUUGGGGUGACAGCUGCAGAGGAAGAGACCCCAACCCCCACUGAGGUGGAGGAGACCCCCAGCCCCACAGAACCCAGCACGGAGGCCCCGGAGCCCCCCGAGGAGCCCCUCCUAGGGGAGCUGACGGUCACAGGAUCCUCCCCAGACUCGCUGAGCCUCUCCUGGACCGUCCCCCAGGGCCACUUCGACUCCUUCACUGUCCAGUACAAGGACAGGGACGGGCGGCCCCAGGUGGUGCGUGUCAGAGGUGACGAGAAUGAGGUCACCAUCGGGGGCCUGGAGCCGGGGCGCAAGUACAAGAUGCACCUGUACGGCCUGCACAGGGGACAGCGCGUGGGCCCCGUGUCCACCAUGGGCAUGACCACCCCCCAGGACCUUGUGGAGGAGAGGUCCAGCCCCACAGAACCCAGCACGGAGGCCCCGGAGCCCCCCGAGGAGCCCCUCCUGGGAGAGCUGACGGUCACGGGAUCCUCCCCAGACUCGCUGAGCCUCUCCUGGACCGUCCCCCAGGGCCACUUCGACUCCUUCACUGUCCAGUACAAGGACAGGGACGGGCGGCCCCAGGUGGUGCGUGUCAGGGGUGACGAGAGUGAGGUCACCGUCGGGGGCCUGGAGCCGGGGCGCAAGUACAAGAUGCACCUGUACGGCCUGCACAGGGGACAGCGCGUGGGCCCCGUGUCCACCGUGGGCGUGACCGAUCCACAAUAUGAAGCUAUGACCACCGAAGCCCCAUCCAUCACAGCCCCUGAGCCUCCCACCAAGCCCCGCCUGGGGGAGCUGACCGUGACCGACGCCACUCCUGACUCCCUGCACCUCUCCUGGACUGUCCCCGAGGGCCAGUUUGACCACUUCCUGGUCCAGUACAAGAACGGGGACGGGCAGCCCAAGGCCGUGCGUGUGCCGGGCUAUGAGGAUGGGGUCACCGUCUCAGGCCUGCAGCCAGACCACAAGUACAAGAUGAACCUGUACGGCUUCCACGGUGGCCAGCGCGUGGGCCCGGUGUCUGCCAUUGGGGUGACAGCUGCAGAGGAAGAGACCCCGACCCCCACUGAGGUGGAGGAGACCCCCAGCCCCACAGAACCCAGCACGGAGGCCCCGGAGCCCCCCGAGGAGCCCCUCCUGGGGGAGCUGACGGUCACAGGAUCCUCCCCAGACUCGCUGAGCCUCUCCUGGACCGUCCCCCAGGGCCACUUCGACUCCUUCACUGUCCAGUACAAGGACAGGGACGGGCGGCCCCAGGUGGUGCGUGUCAGAGGUGACGAGAAUGAGGUCACCGUCGGGGGCCUGGAGCCGGGGCGCAAGUACAAGAUGCACCUGUACGGCCUGCACAGGGGACAGCGCGUGGGCCCUGUGUCCACCGUGGGCGUGACCGCCUCCCAGCCCGCAGAGCGCCCUGUGGCCCCCCGCCUGGGGGAGCUGGCUGUGGCAGCCGUGGCCUCUGACACAGUGAGCCUGUCGUGGACGGUGGCCCAGGGCCUCUUCGACUCCUUCCUGGUCCAGUACAAGGAUGUGCAGGGCCAGCCCCAGGCGGUGCCUGUGGGUGGGCACCUCCGUGAGAUCAGCAUUUCGGGCCUGGACCCGGCCCGCAAGUACAAGUUCCUACUCUUCGGCCUCCAGGAUGAGAAACGCCAGGGCCCAGUGUCUGCAGAGGCCAAGACCCUCUCAGACACGAAAACUCCCCGCCUCGGGGAGCUGACCGUGGUGGACCUGACCCCAGACUCCGUGACCCUCUCGUGGACGGUCCCCGAGGGUGAAUUCGACUCCUUCGUGGUCCAGUACAAGGACAGGGACGGGCAGCCCCGGGUGGUGCCCGUGGCCGCAGACCAGCGCGAGGUCACCGUCCCCGGCCUGGAGCCCAGCAGGAAGUACAGGUUCCUGCUCUACGGGCUGGCAGGCAGGAAGCGCCUGGGCCCCGUCUCUGCCGAUGGCGCCACAGCUCCCCUGGAGCACCCACCCCGCCUUGGGGAGCUGACAGUGACAGAUGAGACCCCAGACUCCCUGCGCCUCUCAUGGACGGUGGCCCAGGGCCUCUUUGAUUCCUUUGUGGUCCAGUACAGGGACCCAGCUGGGCAGCCCCGGGCAGUGCCUGUGGCCAAAGACCAGCGGGCAGUCACCAUAGAGGGCCUGGAGCCUGGCAGGAAACACAAGUUUCUGCUAUAUGGGAUCCACGGAGGACAGCGCCUGGGCCCCAUCUCCGUCCUGGGAGUGACAGGGAGUGACCAGCACCGCGAGGGGAGUGCUGGCGCUCCGAGGGGCCCGGAGGUGGCAGGACUCAGUGCCAGGGCAGGAAAAUGGCAGACCCACAGGAAGGAAGGUGCCAGGAGAGCCUCAGUCCCCCGCUGCUCAGCUUCUCCCCCAGGCUUCUCCCACGCAGCCCCCUGGCGCCCAGCCACAGAGGCCCCCGAGCCCCGCUCAGGGCCCCAGCUAAGGACACUGGCAGUGAGCGACAUAACCCCAGACUCCCUGCGCCUCUCAUGGAGUGUGGCCCAGGGCCCCUUUGAGUCCUUCGUGGUCCAGUAUCAGGACACAGAUGGGCAGCCCCAGGCCUUGCUCGUGGGCGGCAACCAGAACAAGGUGCAAGUGUCAGGCCUGGAGCCCAGCACCGCCUACAAGUUCUUCCUCUACGGCCUCCACAAAGGGAAGCGCCUGGGGCCUGUCUCAGCCAAGGGCACCACAGGGCCUGCUCCUGCCGGCCUGACCCCAGGGGAGCCAGGACCCCGUCUGUCCCAGCUGUCAGUGACCGAUGUGACCACCAGUUCCUUGCGGCUCAACUGGGAGGCCCCCUCGGAGGCCUUUGACUCCUUCCUGCUCCGCUUCGGGGUCCCAUCCCCAAGCACCCUGGAGCCGCACCCGCGUCCCCUGCAGCAGCGGGAGCUGACGGUGCCGGGGUCGCGGCGCUCCGCCGUGCUCCGGGACCUGCACCCGGGGACCCUGUACAGCCUGACGUUGUAUGGGCUGCGUGGGCCCCAUAAGGCCGACAGCAUCCAGGGCACGGCCCGCACCCUCAGCCCAGUUCUGGAAAGCCCCCGUGACCUUCAGUUCAGCGAAAUCGGGGAAACCUCGGCCCAGGUCAGCUGGAUGCCUCCAGCAUCCAGAGUGGACAGUUUCAAAGUUUCCUACCAGCUGGCAGAUGGAGGCGAGCCGCAGAGUGUGCAGGUGGACGGCCGUGCGCAGACCCAGAAACUCAAAGGGCUGAUCCCGGGCUCUCACUAUGAGGUGACCGUGGUCUCUGUCCGUGGCUUUGAGGAGAGUGAGCCUCUCACCGGCUCCCUCACCACAGUUCCUGAUGGCCCCACCCAGCUUCGAGCGCUGAACUUGACGGAGGGAUCGGCUCUGCUGCACUGGAAGCCCCCCCAGGCCCCUGUGGACAAGUAUAACGUCCGUGUCACAGCCUCAGGGGCCCCCUCGCUACAGGCCUCAGCCCCGGGCAGUGCUGUGGAGUACCCUCUGAGUGGCCUGGAGCUCCACACCAACUACACAGCGACCGUGCGUGGUCUUCGGGGCCCCAACCUCACGUCCCCAGCCAGCAUCAGCUUCACCACAGGGUUGGAGGCCCCCCAGGACCUGGAGGCCAAGGAAGUGACCCCCCGCACGGCCCUACUCACUUGGACUGAGCCCCAAGUCCCUCCAACCAGCUACCUGCUCAGUUUCAACACCCCUGGUGAACAGACCCAGGAGCUCCUGCUCCCAGGAGGGAUCACCUCUCACCAGCUCCUGGGCCUCUUCCCCUCCACCCGCUACGGCGUGUGGCUCCGAGCUAUGUGGGGCGAGAGCCUCACGCCGCCUGUGUCCACCUCCUUCACCACUGGUGGACUUCCGAUCCCCUUCCCUCGGGACUGUGGGGAGGAGGUGCAGAACGGAGCCCGCACCUCAAGGGCCACCACCAUCUUCCUCAAUGGCAACCGCGAGCGUCCCCUGGACGUGUUUUGUGACAUGGAGACCGAUGGGGGCGGCUGGCUGGUGUUCCAGCGCCGCGUGGACGGACAAACGGACUUCUGGAGGGACUGGGAGGACUACGCCCACGGCUUUGGCAACAUCUCCGGGGAGUUCUGGCUGGGGAACGAGGCCCUGCACAGCCUGACAGACACCGGCGACUACUCCAUGCGCGUGGACCUGCGGGCCGGGGACGAGGCCGUGUUCGCGCAGUACGACUCCUUCCGGGUCGACUCGGAGGCCGACUACUACCGCCUUCAUUUGGAUGGCUACCAUGGCACGGCAGGCGACUCCAUGACCUACCACAGUGGCAGUGUCUUUUCUGCCCGGGAUCGAGACCCCAACAACCUGCUCAUCUCCUGCGCUGUGUCGUACCACGGGGCCUGGUGGUACAAGAACUGCCACUACGCCAACCUCAAUGGGCUCUACGGGAGCACAGUGGACCACCAGGGGGUGAGCUGGUACUACUGGAAGGGCUUCGAGUUCUCUGUGCCCUUCACGGAAAUGAAGCUGAGGCCAAGAAGCUACCGGCCCCCAGCAGCCCAGGGAGGCUGA